UCCCCCCUUUUCAAUUCAUGGGCGGGAAAAGGAAACAAUUGCCGCAAUCGGUGUGUUUCUUUCACUUUCACAAUUGCCCAGAGGUGGAAUUGCUGUUGAUCGCGAGCUUUUUGCUCCCCUGUCAUCGCUGUCGAGUAUCAGUUGAAUCUUGAGGUAUCAUGGCAGAUCAGAGGUUGGAGGAUGUGCGCACAGAGUUUAUAAAGCGUAUUAACAAAGCUAUCAUCAGCCAGCUCUUGGAUGAUCUGCUCCGUGAGAGAAUCAUGGAGGAUGAAGAGCUGGAAGAAGUGAAUACGAAAGAUAAGAGGCAGGACCAAGCAAGAAUGUUGAUCGAUAAUGUGAGAAGAAAAGGGCCUGAAGCUAGCCGGCGCUUUAUUGUCUUCCUCCAGACCCGAGAUGCUUUCUUAGCUGAACAACUGGAUCUCCAAAACUUUCCUGCUGUUGUCCAGCCAAUAGAAGGUAACAUCUCAAAGGAAGAAGUCCAGUUCCUGGAAUCUAAAAACGGGGUCAGGCUUUGUCCUCAGAAUGUAUUUCAGCAAAUACAGACUACAGAAGGCACCGAGAUCUACCCUAUCAAUGAUCCCAGGACUCGUACACGCCUGGCUUUGAUCAUCUGCAAUAUCAAAUUCGAUCACUUGAAAUUUAGAAAGGGGGCUGAGGUAGACUUGGAACAGAUGACGCUUCUCCUAGAAGAUCUGGGAUACAAAGUGGAAAUAAUGACCAAUUUAAACUCACAGGAAAUAACCACUUGCUUGAAGAAUUUUGCAGCUCGGGGAGAACACAAGACUUCAGAUGGGAUGUUUGUGGUACUCAUGUCUCAUGGCCAUCUGGACAGCCUUUGUGGAGUCAAUUCAAAAGACAAACACUCUGACAUCUUCUUCAUCAAAACUAUCUUCUCCACCUUCAACAACAUAAAUUGCCCAGCUUUGAGGGGAAAGCCCAAGGUGGUCGUUCUUCAAGCAUGUCGUGGUGAUCAUCUAUCCUGGAGAGACACUAAAACUGGAUCAUUCUUCAUCACCCAGCUAAUAGAUACUAUCAAGAAACAUGCCUGGAAUUGCAAUUUGGAAGAGGUCUUCCGGAAGGAAAUAACCACUUGCUUGAAGAAUUUUGCAGCUCGGAAAGAACACAAGACUUCAGAUGGGAUGUUUGUGGUACUCAUGUCUCAUGGCCAUCUGGACAGCCUUUAUGGAGUCAAUUCAGAAGACAAACAGUCUGACAUCUUCUCCAUUAAAACUAUCUUCUCCACCUUCAACAACAUAAAUUGCCCAGCUUUGAGGGGAAAGCCCAAGGUGGUCAUUCUUCAAGCAUGUCGUGGUGAGGAACAUGGGUAUAGGAUGGAAACUGAGGAGGACUCAGCUACAUCUGCUCCUGCCUCUCUCCAGUCUGAUUCAUGCACCAAGCAGUUGCAGACUGAUGCCGUUCAGAAAAUCCAUGUGGAGAGUGACUUCAUCUGCCUAUAUUCCACCACCCCUGAUCAUCUAUCCUGGAGAGACACUAAAACUGGAUCACUCUUCAUCACCCAGCUAAUAGAUACUAUCAAGAAACAUGCCUGGAAUUGCAAUUUGGAAGAGGUCUUCCGGAAGGUGAACCUACUGGACCAAUAA